UUUUUAAUUUUUUUCUUUGGUGCCCACUCAGUGAACAGUCUGGGCAUCAGCGACGAGCUGAGGCAGAAGCUCCAAGACGUGAUGGUGGACAGACACAAGCUGACGCUGGGCAAGACGCUGGGAGAAGGGGAGUUCGGCUCCGUGAUGGAGGGUCAGCUAACCCAGGAGGAUUCUGUUCUCCGAGUAGCCGUCAAGACCAUGAAGAUCGCCAUCUGCACGCGUUCGGAAAUGGAGGACUUUCUGCGAGAGGCCACCUGCAUGAAGGAGUUUGACCACGCCAACGUCAUGAGGCUGCUCGGCGUGUGUCUGCAGACGGUGGAGAGUGAAGGCUUCCCGUCGCCCGUGGUCAUCCUGCCCUACAUGAAACAUGGCGACCUGCACACGUACCUGCUCUACUCGCGCCUCGGAGACUGUCCCGUGGUGAGUGAUGCGAAAAACACAUUUUGUUAA